AUGGAAGAACAGAAAGAAGAGGGAAAACCGGUUGUGAUCGUGGAGGGAGACGAUUUUCACAGAGAACUUAAGCCGGAGAACGUUCUGCUCGACCCCAUAGGGAACCUCAAGCUUGCUGAUUUCGGCUCUGCUGAGUGGCUUAACGAGGAUGGCUUGGUCGAAUGGGUGGUGGGUACGCCGUAUUAUGUGGCGCCGGAGGUUCUUUCGGGCAGAGAGUACAACGAGAUUUUCCAGUCUGUUUUGAGGGGAAACUUGAGGUUUUCGACGAGGAUUUUCUGGUUGGGUUCUCCAUCGGCUAAGGAUCUGUUGAGAAAGAUGAUCUGUAAGGAUUCUUCCAGAAGAUUAACUAUUGAACAGGUAACAGCCUCCAGACGUCAAACUAAUCGUGUACACAGGGAACGAAGAGCUGACCCUGAAGUUCUGGACUUGAAUCACCCGACGUCAAGAGAUCAAUCUGCAAGGUUUCCUAACCAGAGCGCACAAAUCGACGAGGAUCCUGAGCGCCGCAACCCUCGCAGUCGUCCACCUCGAGAUAACGACGCAGAAUCGGCCUCUUCAUCCUCGCAUGGCCGCACUUCGAGCAGGUAUACGAGGUCUGGCUCUGUACAGACACAGCAAGGAGGACGUUAUCGUGUACACCGAGGUGAUCUGCGUGAUCACCUCAACGCAGUUUUUAGGGCACGCUCCCGCGACCCACAUAACACUUAG